GGUGAUGUGGCAGUGAGCUGGAAACACAGGAGAGUUCCUCGUGAGACACAGCCACCGACCUAUGUCGAUCUUUAAUGUCUGUCAUUAUGUGCAUAUCUCUGCUUCAGGUUGAGCCUAUGACAGGUUUGUUAUAUCAGUGACAAGUUAUGGGCUUGUAUUACAAGACAAAUAUCUUCUCAAUGGGUUCUAGUCUAAAGGAAAGAAGGAUUUAGCUACUGAGGAGCGAAAGAUUCAAAACUAACCAUUGAACAUGUUUGGAUGCUGCCUUAGACAAGACAGAGACACGGAGACAUUAGAGCAACCCAUUCUGGACGUAGGCUUGAUUCUCCAGGACUAUGUCUGGGAAAAGUUCGUUCAGAGCCAAUUAAAGAUGACGAGACUGUGUCUGCGGCGAGAGCAGUUCAUCGUUGACGUCCCCAUGAACUACUUCCUGUUCGAAACCUUCAAACAGAAAAUUACACCCAGAAUACGUCCAGAGACUGGAAGGAUCCCGGGCCAAAGCCACACCAACGGCCACAACGCCUCGGACAAUAAAGCGUCACAGGGGAAGAACAAGAAAGACCUCUACAGUGAGAAGCAGUCCAACACGGUGCAGAUCGCCACAGACUUCUUCAACAACACGGACGUUCCUCAGACGUAUAAGUUCCGCCUGGAGAAGACAAGGAAAGCCGCCAUGAAUGUAAGCUUUCAGAAAGGGUUUACCGUCAACGGAAAUGCCCGAAUCACUCUGGGGCUGCCGAGUCUCGUGGGGCAGAGCAGCUCCGAGAUGAACGCUGGGGUCACCAUCAGCGUGUCGAAGGUCAGCGGGGAGGUCGUUGAGGAGAGCGUGGUGCUGGAGGUCACCAGCGACAUCUUGGUGGAGAAGAGGUCAAAGUUCGUGGCCAAGGUAAUGAUGGCGGAGAGUCACGUGAUGUACGACUUUAAGGUGUCCACCAGAAUGAGCAUGCCGUCAGGUGGCGCCCCUGGGCACGUGGUACGAAAGAAAGACAACCGAAUCUUUUUCUCCUUGAUCAUAAAAAACCUGGAGGAUGUUUUCAAGAGCUAUCAGCGGCAGACAACUGUUGUGGAGCUCGAGUCGGACUUGCCCACCAAGGUGAAAGUCAUAGAACUAGAAACCAGGGGAGUUCUUGAAGGGGUGAGGCUUUCUGAUCAGAUGAUCCUCUUGGACUCGGUUCCUCUCCCUUCGCCAACAAGAACCGUAACUCGGGAAAAGCACGAGGAACAGGUCGAGAAGAAAUCCGUUAGCUUGGAUUACGUCCCUCUACAGACGUACACCUCUCUUCCCUUCAGAUCGCCGCCCCUGGACACGCCGGUCAUUGAAGAAGUGGACGAGGAAGAAAGCAACGAUAACAACUGCUUCCCCUCCAGCGCAGACAGGCGGUCUCUGCCCAUGGGAGUCAUCCCCUCCAUCCACACUACCGCCCCGAGUUCCACCUGCUCGAGCCCACUCUCUGAAAAAGAGCACAGCGACGCCUCCGAUACCAGCAAGAGUACUACGGUGUAAAAGUGGAUUAGAUGUAAGCCUACUGUACUUUUCAAUACAAAGGUUUUUAAGGGCUUCCUGUUUGUAUUAUUACAAAGGAAUUGUAUGGUUCAUAUGUUCUCGUGUGUUUUCAGAAGAUACAUGUGAUUUUGUAGCCGAGAUAUUUGUUUACGUCAAGAAAUGACAGAAUUCCUCUUAACGGAUUACGACUUUUUUUAUCCUUAAGCCUAUGUAAAAAUCAUGAAAAGAUUGAAUACACACUAUAUAUCAAGCAAUAAUAAUAAUAAUAAUAAUAUUUAUUUGUCUUACAAUUUGUGCAUUACACCAAACAAAACAUUAUAAUUAUAGAACACUAAAAUAUACAUUCACACCAGACUCGCUCAUAAUUUACAUGUGAAAAGUUUAUAUCAGAUAGUUUCUAUUUAAUGAUUUGAUUGUCAGGGGAAACAAUAUUGCACUUUAUAAUCCAAACUUAAUAAUAAAUUCAGAAAGUAGACUUAACACAAGACGGACUGGCUAUAUGGGCAUUUGGGCAAAUGCCCGGUGGGCCGGUGCCUAAAUGGGCAAUUUUUUUUUUUUUUUACUAUUUUUGUGUCGAAUCAUGAAGAGGUCAAUGUUUAUAUAAACGUCCUAUUUACACGUCACUAACGGUCACUUGCAACCAUGACGUUGACAAUAAUAAUACCUAAAUAUAACUUGAGAAGCCCUCUAGUCUAGCUACAUCUCUAAGAAAUGUGACUUCUAUACGAAACUUUCUUAUACAAGAGCUAUAGGAAAUUCAGUUUUGAUGAAAUUUAAUGUAAACCUCCGUGAGGCCUUCAGAGUAGGUUUCUGUUUCUUGGUGUUUAUCUUAUAAAUUACAGACGUUACUUCAAAGGAGAAGAAACUGACGUCCUACGCGUAUUCCUGUGUCAAUAUAUUCAUGUACGUCGAUCAGUGGCAUAACUUUCAAAGCCAGACAACUGUUACUAAUAAGAUAUACCGUAUAUGUCUUCUAUUUAACUUCAUUAAGUUUAAAUUCCUUAAAUAACGAAUGGUCUCGCUUCUGAGGUGCUAUCGAAAGAUACUAAGGAAAGAUAAUUAUUAUUAAGCAUAUGAGAAUCGCCAAUGUUACAUUAGCAGUCGAUUAUUCUGCAGGUAUUCGAAAUGUCUGUAGUAAUCGAACAAAGAAAGCGACGGGGGGACAACUCAGUUCUAGUUAGAGCAAAGCGGAGCUAACUCCUUGUUUGUCAUAGAAAUGGAAGGGAAUAGAUGCACAUUAUUUCAAAUACUGACAUUAAAUGUGUUCAUACUUCGCCAACGUAAAAGUACGUAUACUUACAUACAUUAACCAUAUCAAGAACUGCCACAAUUCAUAAUUAUCUUAUUAAGGUAUAUCUUUGGUAGCGUUUAGCCAGGACCCUCUCAUGUCACAUGAGACAGAAGGCUUGGGCCAGGACAUUGUCUUCAUUUCACACUUGUUAUAAAGCAGCGGUUCUCAACCUUUUAUGCUCGGCGAUCCCCCACUUAGCCGCCCCCCCCCCCCGCACACAGCAUUAGAAGAAUAGUCAAUAACAAUCCUUUUUUUCAAUGGUCUUUGGCGACCCCUGGCAAAUUGUCAAUCGACCCCCAAGGGGGUCGCGACCCACAGGUUGAGAACCCCUGUUAUAAAGGAAUUUUGUGUCUUGACUGACAUUUCUUAAUAAACCAAAAUCUACUUGGA